GGUGGGCGACGCACCGCAUUGGCCGUCUGAGAGAGAGGACGGGAGCGCCUUCCUCCCCGAGCGACGUGACGCACGCAGGUCCCAGCAGCGCUCUGUUUGCGCCUGUCCCCGCAGUGUACCGCAGAGGACUGCCGCAAAACAGGCGACAAUAGGCCUCCUCCUCACACACACACCGCGAAUAGAACUCAGACCCACACACUCAAUACAUUCGUCGCCUCCAGGAUUAUCAGAGUUAUAUUCUUUGUUAAUAUCUGCUGCUGCUGGGAGGUCAACUCGGAGGACGUCUGUGCGCUUUUCCUUGGAAUGGAUUGGCUGUGCAGGAGGAGGGGGUUCUAGCGGUGUGAUCACGGUGGGCCGGCUGAGGGCUGAGGCUGCAUGUGCGCUACUUCGUGACGUCGAGGCAACAGGCAUGCUGGUUUUGUAGCGGGAGCAAAAAAAAAAGGCGCAUAUCCUCCCUGCAUGCGUCCGUCACUUCUGUUCUCUUCCUCCGAGCGUCUUCGAUUCCACACCGAAAGAAGUACCUAGUUCAUUGAGCUUCGAGCAAGAUGGCACAUCUCAUCCGGCACAAGAUCUCCAACAAGCUGACCAAUGCGGCCAACACGGUGUCGGACAAGUCCCAGGCCAAGGUCAGCGGCGUGUUCGCCCGGCUGGGCUUCCAGGCCGCCACGGACGAGGAGGGCCUGGGCUUCGCGGACUGCGAUGACUUGGAUUACGACUACAGACACGGGAUGCAAAUGGAUGUCCUUCCAGACGACGGCGGCGAGGGGGGGCUGCCGUUGGAGGGGAGCGAGGAGGGGGGGGAGCUGGACGGGGACAGCCACUACCAGCGGGACGGCACCGCCGUCCGCCGCCGGCCCUCGGGCCUGAAGACCGGGGGCUCGCUCGAGGAGGACAAGCCAAAGAUCACCUCCUGGGAGGCCGGGUGGAACGUCACCAACGCCAUCCAGGGCAUGUUCGUCCUCGGCUUGCCCUACGCCAUCCUCCACGGCGGCUACCUCGGCCUCUUCCUCAUCAUCUUCGCAGCCGUGGUUUGCUGCUACACGGGCAAGAUCCUGAUCGCGUGCCUCUACGAGGAGAACGAGGACGGCAUCCUGGUGCGCGUGCGGGACUCCUACGUGGACAUCGCCAACGCGUGCUGCGCGCCCCGCUUCCCCGCGCUGGGCGGCCACGUGGUCAACGUGGCGCAGAUCAUCGAGCUGGUCAUGACGUGCAUCCUGUACGUGGUGGUCAGCGGCAACCUGAUGUACAACAGCUUCCCGGGCCUGCCCGUGUCCCAGAAGGCCUGGUCCGUGUUGGCUACGGUGGCGCUGCUGCCGUGCGCCUUCCUGAAGAACCUCAAGUCCGUGUCCAAGUUCAGCCUGCUGUGCACCCUCGCGCACUUCGUCAUCAACGUCCUGGUCAUCGCCUACUGCCUCUCCCGGGCGCGCGACUGGGCCUGGGAGAAAGUCAAGUUCUACAUCGACGUCAAGAAGUUCCCCAUCUCCAUCGGCAUCAUCGUGUUCAGCUACACCUCGCAGAUCUUCCUGCCCUCGCUGGAGGGCAACAUGCAGAAGCCCAGCGAGUUCCACUGCAUGAUGGACUGGACCCACAUCUCGGCCUGCGUGCUGAAGGGGCUCUUCGCCCUGGUGGCUUACCUCACGUGGGCGGACGCCACCAAGGAGGUGAUCACCGACAACCUGCCGUCCACCAUCCGGGCCGUGGUCAACCUCUUCCUGGUGUCCAAGGCCCUGCUCUCCUACCCGCUGCCGUUCUUCGCCGCGGUGGAAGUCCUGGAGAAGUCCAUGUUCCAGGGCGGUGGCGGCAGGGCCAGCCUCCCCAACUGCUACGGACCGGCCGGACAGCUCAAGUCCUGGGGGUUGGGCCUCCGGGUGGCGCUGGUGGUGUUCACGCUGCUCAUGGCGAUCUUCGUGCCGCACUUCGCCCUGCUCAUGGGCCUGACGGGGAGUCUGACGGGCGCCAGCCUGUGCUUCCUGCUGCCGGCUCUCUUCCACCUCAAGCUGCAGUGGAGGAAGCUCCUCUGGCACCACGUGUUCUUCGACGUCGCCAUUUUUGUGAUCGGGGGUAUUUGCGCAAUUUCGGGCUUCAUCCACUCGGUGGAGGGGCUGAUCGAGGCGUACAGGUAUAACCUCCACGACUGAGGAGCCGAGUGCGGAGAUACAGGCCAGACCCGCAGUGUGUGUGUGUGUGUGUGUGUGUGUGUGUGUGUGUGUGUGUGUGUGUGUGUGUGUGUGUGUGUGUGUGUG